CGCUCUGGCAUGGUCGCAGUUUUUGUUCUCGUCAAUUUAACUUUUGAAAUGGCGAUACCUCGUGAUUGUGUUGAUUGUUCUCGGUCACGUGGCUUUUUUCACAACACAUCCGCCAUUUUUGGAUUGAAGACAACAGAAGUUCCUUGGCCUGGCUGUUUCCAUCGCAUUCGAUUUGCACCGUUAAAACUUGGAGAAAAGGAGCCACUCAAUGGAUCAUCCGUCGUCGCAGCAGUUGAUCCGCAUUUUGGAUGAUCCGCCUUCGGCACCAGCGGCUCGUUGCGAUUGACGGCUCUCAGCGGGACGUAAAGAGGAAACGAUUUAUUCACGCCUCAAGUUUCACGCGGUCCCGGUUGGAUAAAACCAAAUUUGGGAGGCCUUGGAAUAUCUACAGGUUUCAUCGGGACAUUUUGGUGUACAGCACUCCGGAAAAAAUCAAUUUCAUCCGCCGGAUUGGUCUGCGCACCGCAGAGACCAGUUGCUUUUUCCUUGUUUUCCCCAUUCAACAGGAGCUGCACACCAUCGUUCAUCCAGUGUGUGUGUGUGUGUGUGUUUCACCCGAAAUUUUCUUUUUGCGGGGCUGCUGCUCCCCGGGAAAUUUGUUUUCAUCCGGAUGCCUCCGCAUAUGAGAAAUCUUGCUGAAAAAUUGUGUUCGUGAGAAUCGAUCCAGUUGUGUUGUGUGUGAGCGUGUUUUUUUGAUCGGCCUCACGCAGUUUCCUCCCUCCGGCCAAUCAUGUCUUCGCAGGUGGUCUGCUUUGUCUGCAAUCUGCCCAUCUUGACCCACCAGGUGGGACUUGUUUGGCAAGGCGGCAACGGUAUCGAUGAGCUAUUGCGUGACUUCGAAGGACCCAAUGCCCUGACGGCCUUACGUACCAGGCUCGGCCGUCGCGAUUCCGCCACUCAAUUCAGAGCCGUCAGUCCGCCCAGGACGGUACGCGAAACUUCCCCGCCCGGAUCGGCCGGUGGCGGACGGGAUGGCGGACGGAGACGGUCAUCGCUGGCCCAGAUCACGGACUUGCUGUGGGGCAGCAAGGACAAGUCGAACGCGGGUCAUCACAACAACACGUCGGUCCCAUCAGCAUCUCAAGGUGGGAUCGGCUCGGGAAACAAUUCAAGAUCGCGGGCCGCUACGGGCCGGCGUGAAUCUCUUGUCGAUAUGGCCUUUGGCAAUUUGCCGUGGAUCCGGCGUCAAUCGUCGACGACUAGCGGCCCAUCGUCCAGCUCGGCCGCCGCCCAUUCGACCAGCAUCGACGGCGACAAAUUGCGUAAAAGGAGGGAAUCCAUGACGGCAGCCUUCCCAAAACGAUCGGGAGGAAGAAGAGAUUCUGGCGUCGGGUCUGGCGGAUCCGUAUCCGGAAGUUCGGUCGGUUUGGACAUUAGCAAGUUCCAGUUUUUAAUGUCUAGACGGGAUCGUGACAGUUCCUUACCGGCCGGAACUCCCGGCAUCAGCCGGACGGAUAGCACGGCGGGCAUUCAGAGGCAGUCGGUGGAUGGGAAUCUGCCCACUCAAACGGUGGAACUCAGCCAAGCGUUGCGGGAGCGCUUGAAAGAGCGUCACGACUCCAUUGGUUUCCUAUCGCGGCGUCGUUGUUCCGGUAUUUCACCGCUGGCCAGGAACAGCGCUGGAUCGAGGUCUGGCGGAGGUGGAAGCAUUUCCCAACACUCGUCGGCUGGAUCGGUGGCUGGAACUUCGACUGUGGCCACUUCACCCAGCGGCUUGGGACUGGCGCCCGUCAGUCCGACGUUCCCGUCGACCACAACGGUUGUGGUGACGUCCUCGGCCAACGUCGGCGGAUCGAAUUAUUACGGAAGCGGAAGGCAAGGCCAUGGCUCGCCGUCGUCACCUCGCCAACUGAGUCCCGUUCAGGGCUCGUUGCCCACUUCUCCGCGUUGCCAGCUGGUCACGACGACGACGGCCAAUUGCGGGACGUCGCCGGAUCACAGCCUCUGCCCCAUCUUCAGCGCCACCAGCAUUCCGCCGAGUCCCGAAGGAAGAAGCACCAGUCCGUUUGGUAGCGGCACUGGAUCGAUGCUCAACAGCGCCGCCAAUCCGCAGUCCGGCCCGUCUUCAUCCUGUCCGCUUGUCGUGGCUCCUGAGGAGCAUUUCGUCAAACCGAUCCUCCUGACCAGCGCUCCAUCCACCGAGAGCACGACGUCCAUCAACGCUCCCAUCGUCUCCACUCCCGUCGUCGUCGAACUGGCCACGUUGGGAGUCAGCCGACAUCGCCGGCGAUCCAGGCCGUCUUCUUCGCCCGAACGGCCUUGUUCCAGCAGUCCUUCCACAUCCGGGCGCCUACCCAGACUCCGCAGACAGUCGACCACUUUAGACGAAGGUAUUCCGAUAGGUGGUAAAACGGGCCGAAGAGGUUCCCGCCCGUUUUUAUCGCCCGAUGCGCCUCCGGCUGCCACUCUAAUGGCCGCUCUGCAGACUCACCGCGACUCGCUGUCGCCCGACUCGGCGGCCGAAGAAGCGCUGAGCGGCGGGGCCGGCCUGUUGGGCAGCACAUCCAAAUUGCGUGGCCGUCGAGAUUCGCGCCCUCACCUCAGCCCGGACGGCGAAUGCGGAGGAGAUGGAACAUCGCCUCGGGGCAGUCGCAUCCGCCGCCAAUCCACCACUACCGAAGACAUCUUCAAAUGUCGAAGCAGACGAGGUUCCAAAGCAACGACAACUUCUACAUCUAAACCAUGUCGUUCGGAGAGCAGCUCGACUUGCAGCUCCAGGGAGCCGUCGCCAAAAGAGCCCAGUCUCAGGAGACAAUCGACGACGACCGAGGAGAUCCUGAUCGCUCGCGGCUUCCGGCGCCAGUCGACGACCGAGGAGAUGAUGCGCUGCCGCAACUUCCGCCGCCAGUCGACCCAGUCGGAGGAAUUGACGAAGACGCGCGGACGUCGCGAUUCCUGCGCCCAGAUCAGCGACGGCACCGUCGCCACCAUGACCGUCGAAACCACGGCCGCCUUUUACGACACGUCCACCCAAACAGAGCCGUCGAGUGUCUACGACAACAACAUUUACCACGAGGAAUGCCUGCGCUGUAACGCCUGCGGCGUCAACCUGACGGGUCCCAGCCAGAAGCGUGCCCGUCGCUUCAAGAAUCAGAUCUUUUGCGACCUGCACUUUGCCGACGUGGCUCUGAUGGAGUCGUCCGAUUUCAUGCAACAACUCAGGAGCUUCAAGCCGCAAUCGCUCGGCUGUGCCGUCGCCCGCCGCAAGAGCAGCACUACACUCAUCUUUCCACUUCCGCCUCAAGCCUGUUCAGAUGAAUUCUGCGACGGAUAUCCUCACAAUUUCACGCCCACCCCGGGCUACUGGAUCGAGUGUUCGCGUCAAAGCGGAAGGGCCGGCCGUCGGCGUAAUCACGGCAUCCAGGAGGAAGGAAGUCAGGAGGAUUCCAACAGCCCGUCGGACGACGAGGACGAAGACGACGACGAAGAGGAGGAAGGAGAGAAGGAAAGGGAGGAGAACGACAACGGAACGGGAAUCCAGACGGACAGUUUCGACGGCGGCUGCAGCAACAGCGGCCAGCAGCUGAACCAGCGGCACGCCAACGGAGUCGCUUCCGUCUUCACCUCAACCGACUCGAUUGGCGCCGGCCCAUCGGAUCGCUCCGGCCGAAAAGUUCAGCUAGUUCAUCAACAUAUUCAAGUGAGUUCUACCAGUUUGCCGGAAAUCCACGAGCUGCAAGCCCGUCGCAAAACGGCCAUCGAGGAGCAGUUCGAUCGUGCGGGCACAUUCGAAUUGACUUCGGUGGAACAGGAGACGUACGAGCGUUACUUUUACGGGACCGAGCACUGGAACUACUUCUCCAACGACGAGGAUCUCGGUCCGGUCGUGCUCAGCCUCAAACAGGAGAUUAUCAACGGACGUGAUCAAUUCAGGAUCCUGGUACGGGCCAUCAGCUACACAGUUCACGGACUGAUCCCGGCUUCUUGCGUCUUCGCCGACCGCUACAAUCGCGAAGAAGUCGUCCGCUCUCUGGGCAAAGAGAUCAAUCUGAAUCCGCCAUUGAUUCUUGGCCAGCUGCCCGACACGCCCGAGGAACUCCUCAAACUCGAUCAGGUCUUUAUCAAAUCCGAGCUGAAGGUGGGCGUCAUCUACGUCAAAGAUGGCCAGUACACUGAGGAGGAAAUCCUGGACAACAACGAACACAGUCCCCUGUUUGACGAGUUCCUUCAAAUUAUCGGCGACAAAGUGCGGCUGAAAGGUUUCGACAAGUACAAAGGCGGACUGGACACGGUCCACGACUUGACGGGUCUCUAUUCUGUGUACACUCACUGGCGUGGCAUCGAGAUUAUGUUUCACGUCUCCACCCUCUUACCCUACGAGAAAAACGAUCCUCAGAAGUUGCAAAGGAAACGGCACGUUGGCAACGAUAUCGUCUGCGUCGUUUUCCUAGAGUCCAACACGACCGAUUUCUCGCCGGCCUGCAUCAAAUCCCAUUUUCUGCACACGUUCAUCCUUGUCCAGGUGUCGCCGAAAUCGCGCAGGAAACCCACCCGAUACGAAGUAUCGGUCGUGACCCGUGACGAAGUGGGAGCCUACAAGCCCUACCUGUGGGAGCAGUCGACCUUCCACAAUGGCGUCCUCUUUCGUGAGUGGAUGCUCACCAAAAUCGUCAAUGGCGAACGGGCUUCUUAUUCGGCUCCCAAGUUUGCCAGGAUGCAGGAACGUACCCGCAGUCAAAUGCUGGAGGAUAUCGUGGCCAACUUACAGAAUCACGCCGAAACUGGACAGAUACCCAAACCGUACAGGCGAGGUUCGUGGCGUCCAAUUGGUCACAUGCGGCCGUCUAGCCCGCUAUUGGAUUCAGUGCGCGAUCAAUUCGAGGGUUACGACCAAUUGGCCAAAGACUUUGCCAAAGUGUUCCUCAAUUUGGACCCGCCUUCGGUGCUUUUCGACGUCAGUUUCCUGGUCGGACAGGGUAAAACCAAACUGAAACUCUAUGGCGUUCGAGCCAUCCUAGGCGUCCGUAGUCGAGUGUUCCAGGAGAUGCUGUACGGAAUCUGCACAGGUUUCGGAUCUCCACAGGUUCCAGUUGCCGAGUUGCUGGCCAGAGCCGCCCCUACACUUCACAGUCCAGGUGGCCAGCAGCGUCACAAGUCGUCCAAUUUCCUUCAAGUGCCUGAUAUCGAAUCGCCCAGACCGAAAAGCGUUCCCAGUAGCCCGUCGGUGAUGCGAGCCUUUUCACGAUUGGGUAAUCUGACGGCCGGCUGGGGCCGGAGUAGCAAGAAACAAGACCGGCUAACGGUCGAUGACAAAAAGUGGACCAGUUCCCAAGAUUGCACCAAAAUGGGCAGAGAAGGGCGUGGUGAACGGGGUUCAGCUGCCGACCGGGCUGCGGCAGCUGCUGGAAGUAGCAAUAACAGUUUGGCCGUACCCCGACUGAGCGUUUGCGCCGACGUCCAGAAAGUUGAUCGCUCCAAAUUGGCUCAAACGGAAUUCGCCAUUAUUGAAUUCGACGCCGAAACAUUCCGGCUACUCCUCGACUACUUGCAUACCGGCUCCUGUCCGUGCACCUGCAACAACAUUCCAGGACUCAUCUGCGCGGCCGAACAUUACGAUCUACCCGAAUUACUCCAAGCUUGCUUUCAUCACGCCAAACAGUUCUUAAGAAUCGAAGUGGUUUGUAGCAUGUUGUGCCUAUUAGAGAAUUAUUAUUGGCGCUACACCAGCGCUUCCGAGUUGGUCAACAUGAUCCUGCUCUUCAUCGAGACCCGGGCCUAUCAGGUGUUCCAGUGCCCCGAUUUCCUGUCGCUCUCCGAGUCCAUCGUCCAAAUGAUUAUGGCGCGCAACCUGGAAGUGCCGGAAGUCCGCAAAUUCGAGGCUAUGCUCGUCUGGGCCAAGCACAAGAUCCGCACUCGAGGAGCGGCUUCGCGGGUCGACGCUAAAAUCGAGUUCCGUUGCACCAUGGAACGAUUGACGCGAGACCUCCGUCUCUACCGAAUUUCACCUCAAGAUCUCAUCAAAAUCGUCCUGCCCAGCAAGGCCAUCAAAAACGAGCGCAUCCUGGAAACGCUCAUGUUCCAGGCCAAUUCCGGCAUGUACCGCAUUCAAGAUUCCUACCUGGAGGCCUGUCAGCAACGUCUCCAGAAACAGGAUUCACGCUUUUCUGAAUGGGAUUCCUUCGACUACGGACUUUGAAAACAGCCCAUGACCCUUAAUAUUCUCAAAGAAAAAAAAAAUACCUACAAAAGAAUACUCUAUUAUUAUUAAAAACAGAAAUAGAUUUAUAUUUAUUAUUGCUAUACUAUAUAUUGAUAUACAGUAUCUGGUAUCAACUAUACAGCUCAUAUUACAUCAGGACUGAUUCGAAUUCUCCUUUUUUCCUUUUCUCAGUUGACUAUAAUUAAUAUUCUAAUUCUAUUUUUUCGAUGGCGUUUAGAGAGUCGGUCAUCAUUCUGGACAAUCAGCGUUGAAAAAAAAAAUUUAAUUUGAAAACCAAAGAAAAAAUGUCUAUCGUUCGUGAGUGUUUCAGCCUUGUCGUGAGAGUUUCUGUAUGCACGUCUGUCACAAACUCCCAUUCCAUUAUUGACCAAUCUUCUUCGGCUUCUUUUUCAUCUCUCUCCCUUUUUUCCUGCGCCAUCGCUCCCCCAAUUUUUCAUAUGAACCUCAUCAUGAUCGACUUUAUUCACUGUCGUCCUCUUCGAUGUCAUUCCUCAUCUUUUGUGGAACCAAAAAUUUCAAAAAACAAAAACAAUGAUGAUAUUAUUUAACUCCAACAAUACCGAUGAUGCUAAUAAUGUCCCUUCUGUUCUGAUUGAAAUUUUCAAUAUUAUUUAAUUAUUUAUUGAUGUGGACCCUAACCCCGUAAAAAAAUGACGAGCGCACCGCGGAAAAUCAUGUUAAUGAUUUACUACAACAACUUUCGCUAUUACUUCAAUUUAUUUGAUUGGGUGUCGUAUUAUAUAUACAUCGUCAUCGUCAGAAAAUCGACAGUCAGGAGAGCAGACAAAAUAAGAAUAUUUAAGAAGAAAAUGAGAGAGGUACACAAAUUGAUAGUAUUAUUAUUUACUUAUAAUCUAUUUCCAGAGAUUUCUAACCAGAACAUUAAACAAGAAAACUAAGUGUAUACCUGUGUAGAAUUAUUGAAACAUUAUCGAUUCACUGGUUUCUAUAAAUGGCUCCUCGCUCCUCCGUUUGUGUUGAAGAUAUAAAAGACACGUUGUGACUGAAAUAAAAACAGAUGAAUCUAUCAAA